GAGGAGGGCAGACUACAUCAAGGCGUUGACCGAGGCGAGGGGGAAGGCCGCGGCCGCAGCGGCUGAGAGGGAGGCCGCGGAUCAGGCGGAGAUCGACGCCGAGGAGGAGAGGGCCGCCGCCGAGGCGGCGGUGGACCAGCAGGUCUUUCCCGAGGAUCCGAGGGCGGCGAGGGAGGCGGCGGCCCAGAGGGAGAUGGCCGUGGAGGCCCUGAAGGCGGAGCUCGAGAGCGCCCGGGACGAGCACACCCCGAGCGACGUGGCCUUGGAGGUCGCCGAGGCCUCCCUGGCCUGGAACCCGACGGAGCCCGCGCAGGAGGUCGCGCAGGCCACGACGGACGCCCCGGCGGAGGCGCGGCGGGCCCCGGAGGAGGCGCGGGCGGCGCAGGAGGCCGCCCGGGCGGCGGAGGAGGCGCAGGCCCGGGCCGCGGCCAGGAGGGACGGCGGAGGCCGAGGAGAAGCAGCAGGCGCAGGCGGCGCAGGCGGCGGAGGAGCCAGUCCCAGGCGUGGACGACGACCCCUUCGCCGAGGCCGCGCCGGGGGGCGCCGCGGAGGGCGCGGCGGAGGGCUCCGCGGAGGGCUCCGCUGGGGGCUCCGAGGGUGCCGCGCAGCAGCUCGCGCAGGUCGCGACCCUUGCCGAGGAUCCUCCCCCGACAGUGGAGCCUUCCAGCCCGCGGAGCCAGGGUGUUACAUGAAGAUGCCCACUGGGUGCCAGACCAAGCAGACGAUGGCGCAGAGGUGGCUGCGCGACAAGUGGGCGGUGGGCGGCGCCCAGGACGCGGCCGCGUGCCGGGGGCGCAGGAGAGCGUGUGGAACGACUACUGCAGGAGGAGGGACGUGGAGGCCGUGUUUGUCAGCGGCCAGGGCAGCUCGGAGGCCAGCGGCGAGAGAGCCUCCGAGUCCCCACAGCUCGGCGAGGUCAUGCUGCAGCUCGGGGAUGGGUCCGCGUGGCCAUGGUCCAGGAAGCGCGAGAAGAGGGCAGAGCCGGCAGAGGCGAAGGCGGACGCCGAGUUCGAGCUCGGCAACCCGUCGGAGCCCGGAUGCUACAUGAGGGCGCCUUCCGGGUGCCCCAAGCAUCCCAUGAAGACGGAUCUUUGGCGGCACGACGCCUGGGCAGAGCACCACGGCUUGGACGAGGAGGGCUGCAAAGGGCGCAAGCAGGUGUGGGACAAGUACUGCGACACGAGCGAUUCUAAGAUUGUGUUUGUCUUUGUCGACAACGAGACCCUCGUGGCACCGGCGAGGGCGGUGCAACUCAGGGAGUCAUCCUCGUGGCCAUGGUUCAGCAAGCGUGCGAAAGCUCAGGAGGCGGAGGCAAAGGCGAAGGCCGAGGGCAGGGAAGAGGCAAAUGUGGAGGCCGAUGCGAAGGCGAAGGCGGAUAGCGACUUCGAGCUCGGUAACCCGUCGGAGGCUGGGUGCUACAUGAGGGCAGCUUCCGGGUGCCCCAAGCAUCCCAUGAAGACAGAUCUUUGGCGGCACGACGCCUGGGCAGAGCACCACGGCUUGGACGAGGAGGGCUGCAAAGGGCGCAAGCAGGUGUGGGACAAGUACUGCGACACGAACGAUUCCAAGAUUGCGUUUGUCGGCAACGUGACGAUUUGACCAGAACCGAGUAGCAUAUCCCUCCUCAUCGUCCUCGUUGUGGGCUCCUCCGUGAGGCCAGAUGGUUUUCAGACCCUGCUCCAAGAUUGCACUUGGCGUCUCAGAGCAACCUCAGGCCCUGCCCUCAAAGAUCAGGUAACACUGUGUUGUUGUCCUGCACCAUCGCGCGCAAUUCGUGAGGCGAUCUUUGUGGUGGAGAGGCAAUCGUUUCAUGGCUUUUGCCUAGUCUGCUCUGUAUCUUAAGCUUAAUCGCGCUGCAAUGGCUCAUGUCCUGCGCGACCGCCCCGCCUAUUUUAUCCUUCCUCCUCGUUGCCUUCCCCCCUCCCUUUCUGUCAAUUUUUCUCUUUCGAUGUAUGUUUUGUCAUUUCUCUUACACUCCACGAGGCCGUAGUUCGCAGGACGGUGGUUCGAAUGGACCUCAGAAG